ACAGUCUAACAUGGCUGCCGCMUCUGAAGAGAGCAGUUGUGCUACUCUUACAGUGCGUUUUAUACGGUCGUUUGAAUAUAGAAAUUUUAGACCAGUUGUUUAUCAUCAAAUMAAUUUGGAACAAAAUACUAAAGAAUUCAUAAACUUUAUAACAGAGGAUAUAAAGACAAGGGGAGGAAUUCCGCUACCUUUUAAGAAAUUUUCUUAUGAUACCCUUAAAAUUCAACACAAGGCUCAUCAAGCAAAGACAAAUGAUCCAAUUAUACGAACAGACAAUGAUGAAAAMCUUAUCUUAAAAGAGGAUUUGACCCUGAAAGAUAAUGGUGUUGAGCAUGAGACAGAACUAUCAUUUUUCAAGAAAGAGGACUAUCUAAAAUACAAAGCUAACCCAGUAUUGUUAUGGUAGACAGAUAGCACRUUUUAAUAUCAAAUUUUCAAGAUAUGGAUCUGUGCUUCAUGCCAAUUCAAUGCAAAAAUUCUCACCUUUGCUAAAGAAAAACAUAAAUAAAUCAUAAUAAUUUCUUAUUUAAGUGCCAUCCCCAAUUAAAUGCCUCCCUCAAAUAAUCUCCAAAUCUAAUAAGACCAAAGUCAUUAAUAAGCGCUGCCCCGAAUAAGUGUCUCCCCUGAAUUAAAGCCAUAUAUGAAACCCCCAAUUAAUAAGCUCCAUGGCACUUAAAUAAAUACGUGAGUUGCUGUGUAUUUUUUAAACGUUUGUAUUUAAUUAUUGCUACAGGUUAUGUAUAUGGUAGACACAUAGCAAGCGCUGUCCUCAAACAAGUGCAGUCCCCGAAUUAGCWUUGCAUUACAAAACAGUAAUUACAGUAUAACAAAAAUAAAUGAUUUUUCUAUAGAUUACUUUUUAUAUUUCUGUGACCAAGACAAACUAGUAAAAUAGACCUAUCCCGAAUUAGCCUGACUGGUCACUAAACAAUGGUUUCAAGUCGAGGUUGAACUUGAUGAACAAGAUAAUCAAGUCCAGUCUUGGCUUCAAACCAUUGUUUUGUGGUCAGUCAAGCAAGGGAUAGGUCUAUUAUAGCUUAAAACAAUGUGAAUAGGACCUCGGGUACAAGUAGUACAUGUGAGGAUCCAAGGUGUGGUCACAGGGAAUUGGUUGUUUAGUAUAAACAUGACAUAUUGUUAAUUGCUAAAA